AUGAGCAACUCCCCGACCAGCGCCAUACCCUGCUGCAGCCCGGCCCUCCUGUCGGCACAGCUCUCCCCCUCGCUGUCGGCCUCGCUGUUGAUCCUCUCCUCGUCAUCGCCCUCCCCCGGCGGGUCGCCGCAAAUGUCCCCGAAGCCCUUUGCCACCUCCGGGCCCGGGGCACUGGUGCCGGGGUCCAUUCACAGCGGCAGUGGCGGUGGCGGUGGCGGCGGCGGCAGCAGCAACACGACGCUCUUCCGAUCUUCCCCGAAGCCCUUUGCCACCUCCGGGCCCGGGGCACUGGUGCCGGGGUCCAUUCACAGCGGCAGUGGCGGUGGCGGUGGCGGCGGCGGCAGCAGCAACAGCAGCCCCGGCGGCAAGCUGUCUCCACAGACGGUGCUCAUGCCUGGCGCCCUGAGCCCCCUGAGCCUGGCAGCCACAUCCUUCGUGCGGAUGGUACCUCUGCCGACCGAGGCACCGGCUGCACCGGCUGCGGAUGCCGACAGCCCGGCCGAUGUCCGGUCGUCGGGCUUCACCAGUGUCCUCGCGCGCCCGGACGGCGCGCCCUCAGUCGCCGAAUCCGCCCGGCCCUCGAAUCGCAGCCCCGUCGACCCAUUGGUUCCCAUCACCACGACCACCACGACCAGCAGCACGGUCGGCAGCACGGUCGGCAGCGCUGCUAGCAGCACCGACAACGGCGUCAGCCCCAGCGCCGCCCUUGGCAGCCGCAGCAGCAGCAGCAGCAGCAGCAACAGCAGCAGCAGCAACAUCAGCAACAGCAACAGCAACAGCAACAGCAACAGCAACAGCAACAACAACAGCAGCAACGCCGAUAAUAACCCCCACGAGGGCGCCGACACACAGGAGAUGGACCCGACCGAAGAUGGGCACCGCAGCGCCGCCGUCUGGGUGCUGCCCAGCAGCGGCGAGCACCGGCCGGCGACGGACACCCGCGCCGGGGGCGAUCUACAUGCGGCGGUGGCCGGCGCGGUGGCCGCGGCCGCGGCCCAGACCGCCAGCCUGCAACCGGCCCUGAGCGGCGGCGCCCCGGCAGGUGUGAUGGUGGUGCCGGGCCUCCCGCUGGCCGAGCUCUCCGCCACCGGGGGGGGGUCCAUUGCCCGGGACCCCGGCCAGCGGCCGCUGCACGGGGACGAGCCGGCCACCGGCGGUGCCGCUGGCCAGCCGGAUCCCGCCGGCGACGCCGCCAUCAUCGGCAGCCAGCAGCCCCUUCACCAGGGCGCCUUCCAAAAGCGCAUCUCGGCGUGGGCGCCCUCAAUUUCAUGGCUAUCACCGGCAUCUAUGCUCCGCGCCCUUGUGAGCACCUCCCCCUCGAUGGCGGCCGCGGCCGCGGUGGCCGCCUCCUCCGGCACCGUGACUCGGUCGCUGUUCGCCGGGUCGCAUGGCGCCCUCGGCGUGGCGACCAGCCCGAAUGGCCCGUUCUUCGGCGGGCUCGGGCAGCUGGCCAGGUUCUCGACGAGCGCCGCCUCGUCGUCGGCCGGGGCGUCGGACGCCACCGGCAUCGGGGCGACCGCCGCCGGGUCCGACAUGCCGGAGUCCGGGGCCGCCGAGGCCACCUCCCCGCACCAGACGCCGCACCCGCUGGCCGGGGGGGCGGCCGUGGACAGCACCCUGCCGACGACCGGGCUUGGCAUCGGGUCGCCGGCUCCGCCCUCCGGCGGGCCCAUCAACCGGGCCACGCGGUCCAACAGCCUGCGCAUGCGGACCGCCUUCGCCGGGAUGUCGCAUGCCACGGUGGCCCCGCACGAGGCCACCCCCCGGGAAUCGCACCUGCUGGCCGUGGCGGCGCACGCCUUCAAUGUGCGCCUGCAUGCGGACCUGGAGACCGGCCUGCUGCGGCAGACCUCGGCCGACGGCAAGCCCUUCACGGCGAGCUCCCAGUUCGGGGAGGACGCGCUGUUUGCCUUCUCCACCGCCUCGGCGACCGGCGGCGAUGGCGGCGGCCCGGCCGGGGGGCGGUCCCCGGGCGACGACGCCGCCACCCCCCCCGCCGGGCCGGCCUACCCGGGCGGCCAGUGGCAUGUGGCCGGUGUCAGCGACGGUGUCGGUGGCUGGUCCUCCUACGGCAUCAGCAGUGCCUUCUACUCGCGCCUGCUGAUGCACUACUCGUCCGAGUUCUCGGAUCGCCUGUCGGCGCAUGAGCGCGCCGCCUGCGAGGCCUACCUGGCCGGGCUGGAUGGCGGGGUGGUCCCCGGCCGGGGGCCGGCCGCCAGCGGGGCCGCGUCCUCCGGCAGCCUCGGCACCCGGGUGUCCUCCGGUCUGCUGACGCCGGCCGGCUCGGACAAUGACGAGGAUGAGCCGCUGCUGCAUGACGGCGGGGCCGGGGACGCGGCCUACGCCGGGGCCCAGCUCCGUGGCCCGGGGCCCGGCAGCGCCACCGGCGCCUUCGCGGCCAUCUGCGACCACGCGCCAUCGGCCAUCAUCCGCCGGUCGUGGCAGGCCAUCGGCCACAAUGUGCCCGGCAGCGCGACCGCCUGCGUGGCGGUCCUGCGUCCGACCCCGGUGGAGGUGGCCGCCGAGCGGGCGGCGCAGGCCGGGCUCCUCGGCCAUGGCCGCUCCGGUGGCGGCGGCAGCGGGCCCUCCGCCUCCUCGUCCCCCGGGUCCACGGCCCUGCCUAGCUCCUCGGACUCGGUGGACAUCAACCACGAGCUGGGGCUGCCCCUGGGGGGCAUGGGAUCGGCCGGCAGCAGCGCGCAGCAGCAGGCGGCCGCGGCGGCCGCGGCCGCCGGCGCCUCGGUCACCUGGAUCCUGGAGGUCGGCAAUCUCGGCGACAGCGGGGCCAUGAUCAUCCGGCCCUUCCCCACGGAGGAGGAGAUUUCGGCCGCGGCCGAGCUGGCCCACCGGCAUGUUCUGACCCCGGCGGCGGCGGCCUCCGCCCGGGUCGGCGGCCUCCCCCACCUGGCCACCUCGCCCGGGUCCGGCCUCACCCGCUGGGAUAGCGCCCUCAAGUCCGGGGAGGUGUGGUUCGGUGCCGGCGGCGCUGCUGCCGGCGGCCCCGGCGACCGGGGGGACUUCAUCGGGUCCGGUGACCGGGUGGCCAACCCGGCCUCGGCCUUCCCCAUGUCGCCCUUCUCCUUCGGCAUGGGGGCCCCGGCCAAGGUGACCUCGGCCAUGGGCACCACCAUCGGGGACUCCGCCGCCGGCAAGGGGGGAUCCUCCUCCUCUGCCGGGGGCGCCGGCGGCGGCGGCGGCAGUGCCCCGAUGUCGGCGCUGGUUCUCCUGCGCACGCAGGACCAGCUGCUCGGGUUCAACUGCCCGGCCCAGCUCCAGGCCGAUGCGUACCACGAGCCGGAUCUGUACCGCCUGGGCGAGCCGGACGGCCGGCCGGCCAGCUGGUCCGCUGCUGCUGGCGGUGGCGGCGGGUCCUCGCCGGCGGCGGGUGUCGCUCGCGCCACCGCCCUGCUGGACCCGCGCCCGGGCGAUGUGAUUGUCCUCGGCACGGACGGCCUGUGGGACAAUGUCUUCGACGCGUCGGUUGUCGACCGCAUCAUGUCCUCCAUUUCGCACACGGUGGCCGAGGUGGGCAAGAAGACCGCCGCGGCCGCGGCCGCGACCGGGGCCGACUCUUCCGGCCCCAUGGCGGCCAGCAUUUCCACCAGCGACAUCGACAUUCAGAGUGCUGGGCUGGCCGACGUCUACAACUAUGAGCUCCCCUCCUUCAAGAUGGGCACCCUCGACAUGAUGAUGCAGGUGUCUGACGAGAUCCAGAAGAUCGACUCCUUCGCCGAGUCGCUCGUGCACAAGAUCUCCUCCUCGCUGGUCCAGCUGUCGGACCACCAGAACACCGACUCCGCGGAGCCCCGCGCCACCAGCGGCCAGUCCGGGCCCCUGCUGACCGUUGGCAAUGACUCGCUCAUCUCCUACCUUUCUAAGUUCCAGUGGAGCGACGCCAAGUGGAGCUCGCGCUCCAACAUCCGCGAGCUGCUCGACCUGCUCAGCAAGUUCUUCACCUCCACCGACACCGAGCUCAAGCAGCGCAUGGUCGCCUACAACAAUGCUCGCUCGUCGCUGGCCUCCCUCCAGCGCCGGACUUCUGGCAACUUCCUGGUCUGCGACCUGGCCCCCUAUGUCAACGAGUCGCACUUCCCCUUCCGCAACUCGGAGUACCUGGCUACCGUGCUGACCGUCGUUCCCAACGGCAUCGAGCGCGAGUGGUUCAAGUUCAUCCAGCGCAACGACCUCGGUGUCCUGACCGAGCCCUCCCUCAGUGUCAAGGUCACCUCCGACAACGACCACUCCGUCUACACCGCCGUCCUGCCCAAGAAGCACAUCGACCUCUUCAAGACCAAGGCCCGCGCCGAGAAGUUCAUUGUCCGCGACUUCGUCUACGACCCGGAGCAGCAGGCCAUCGAGCGCAAGGAGCUCGAGGCCCUGUCGGUCCAGGUGUCGCGCAACCGCAACGGCCUGCACCUGUGGCUGAAGACCAACUUCAGCGAGGCCUUCGCUGCGUGGUUCCACCUGAAGACCCUGCGCGCCCACACCGAGGCCGUCAUGCUUCACGGCCCGCCGAAGGAGCGCUUCCUCAACGUCCUGCUCGUCGCCAGGGCCCGGCUCUGCGGCUGA